AUGGCGAUGGGUUCCGCCCUUUGGGCUGGCGCUCAGUCGGUUUGCGACGGCGCGCAGUUCGCACUCAGCAAAGCAUCGAAUGUUCUGAGCGCUUCUCGAUUCAACAGGGACUCAUUUGACCAAGCACGCGGCUACGACUUCGAAGAGGAGAGUGAAUAUGACUCGGAGAAUGAGUCUGGCGACGAUCAGUGGAUUGACGUGAAGAAGGAAAAGCGUGACUUGACAAAGCCGCAAGAAGAAUUCAUGGUCAGGAGCGUCUCUGAAUCAACGCGACAGCUCCGCCUGAAGAUCACCAAGACCGCAACAGAGAAAGCAAGUGCGGCCGCGGGCGUCAGCUUCGAGUACGCCAAGUGGGCACUUCGUCUUGUGGCAGUGGAAGCAGCACACGAUAUUGGCUUCCUGACCAGCUGCAAAACGGCCACCGACGUUGUCAGAGCCGUCAAAGCGCGCUUUCCAGUCCUGGAAGACAUCCAGAAGGCUUAUCAAUCCGGCAGUCUCGAAGCCAGCACCUCGGAGUCAAGCGCUCAACUCACCAAUAUGACUCGCGCACAUGCUCCGCAGCCAGGUAUCAGACAUCCUCGUGAUGUGCGAAUGGCCAGCAAUCUGGAUGACAUCCCGAUCAUUUCAGACAACACUAUCAACCAGAGUCCAUAUGCGCGCGACGGAGCACCACUCAUUCAUGCUGAAACUGGAGCUGAAUUGGAGCUAGUGUUCGAGGAGGCCGGCCGCGGACGCGGUAGGAAGCGAAAUACUCCACCACACAACAACUCGAACGCGCAGGGAAACACGGUUUACAGCAGAUUCAUCGGUGCAAAUCACAGCAAGGGCGAGAAUAACGCAUGAAUUGCUCCCCCGUGUAUCAUGAGAGCGGCAGGUGGUGCAUGGGGACUGAGACGGAGGGAAAUGCUUUGCAUAGCGAGGCAUGAAAAACGACAGGAUAACACGAA